AUGACGACUACUUUCCUUCCACACUCCGACGUCGACUCGUUUGACUAUGUCAUUGUCGGCGGCGGCACCGCUGGCUGUGUCAUUGCGUCGCGCCUGGCCGAGUACCUGCCGUCCAAGAAGAUCCUGAUGAUCGAGGCCGGCCCUAGCGACUUUAUGGACAACCGCGUGCUCGACCUGCGUCAGUGGCUCUCGCUGCUGGGCGGAGAACUGGACUAUGAUUACGGCACCACAGAGCAGCCAAAUGGCAACUCUAACAUCCGCCACUCCCGCGCAAAGGUCCUCGGUGGCUGCUCCUCGCACAACACGCUGAUCAGCUUCCGGCCCUUCGACUUCGACCUCAAGGUUUGGCAGUCCAUGGGCGCCAAGGGCUGGACUUUCCCCGUUUUCAUGCGUUCGCUGGACAAGCUGCGCAACACGGUGCAGCCGGUGCACGCGCGCCACCGCAACCAGCUGACGCGUGACUGGGUCAGCUCGUGCAGCAGCGCGCUCGACAUCCCAGUCAUCCACGACUUCAAUCACGAGAUCGAGUCGACCGGCCGCCUGCACGAAGGCGUUGGCUUCUUCUCCAUCAGCUACAACCCGGACAACGGCCACCGCAGCAGCGCCUCGGUCGCCUACAUCCACCCUUGGCUGCGCGGCGAGGAGGCCCGGCCGAACCUGACCGUGCUGACCGAGGCCUGGGUCUCGCACGUGAACGUGUCGGCCAGCGGCGACGAGGUCACCGGCGUCGACCUGCGGCUCAAGGACGGAACCCUGCGCACCGUGCGGCCGCGCAUCGAGACCAUUCUGACGGCCGGCGCCGUCGACACGCCGCGCCUGCUGCUGCUGUCCGGCAUCGGCCCACGCGAGCAGCUGCAGCCGCUGGGCAUCCCGGUAGUCAAGCAUGUCCCCGGUGUGGGCGAGAACCUGCUGGAUCAUCCCGAGACCAUCAUCAUGUUUGAGCUCAGCCGACCGGUGCCGCCCAACCAGACGACCAUGGACUCGGACGCUGGCAUCUUCCUGCGCCGCGAACCGGCCAACGCCGACACCGGCCGCCGCACCCCCGCCAACCCGGCCGGCCUGCCCGACGGCGACAUCGCGGACGUCAUGAUGCACUGCUACCAGAUUCCCUUCACGCUCAACACUGAGCGCCUCGGCUACGACGUCCCCGCCGACGGCUACGCCUUCUGCAUGACCCCCAACAUUCCCCGUCCCCGCUCGCGAGGCCGGCUCUUCCUCACCAGCGCCGACCCCAACGUUAAGCCGGCUUUGGACUUCCGCUACUUCACCGACCCCGAGGGCUACGAUGCCGCCACCUUUGUGUACGGUAUCAAGCAGGCCCGUCGCAUCGCCCAGCAGGAGCCGUUCCGCAGCUGGAUCAAGCGCGAGGUCGCCCCCGGUCCCAAUGUCAAGACCGACGAGGAGAUCAGCGAGUACGCCCGCCGUGCCGCCCACACCGUCUACCACCCUGCCGGUACCACGCGCAUGGGCGAUGACGCCCUCGCCGUCGUCGACGAGCGCCUGCGCUUCCGCGGUCUGCGCCGCCUCCGCAUCGCCGAUGCCGGUGUCUUCCCCAGCAUGACCACCAUCAACCCCAUGCUGACCGUGCUGGGCGUGGCUGAGCGCUGCGCCGAGAUGAUUGUCGAGGACCUGGGCCGCGCCGAGGCCCGGCUGUAG